GAGGCCCCCCUCAUCAUCUUCUCGCCUCAACCCCUUCGCCUCGUAGGGUGGGGGCGCAUGCGCGUCCGGUUCGCGGCUGUUUCCCCGCCUCUCCGGGCCCGUCGCUUGGGGAGAGCUGCUGGGGCCGCGGAAAAGAUGAACCGUUGAGGCUGGGAAUAUGGCGCGGGCAGGGCGGACGCUAUGGGCACGCUAUCUUGGUCGGCUUUCAUCAAGGACUUCCAUUUUUUAAAACAUGGUUCCCCUGCUUCUUAAUGAUGAUGGAAAUUAAAUUAGAAGUUCUAGCCUCUACAUGUAUCAAGCAAAAUAAACCAUGGCCUCGAAUCACUUGGCUGGGACAGGAAAAGGAGGCUGUUUAUCUUUUAGAUGAAAAGAAUAUAAAUGAAAUUAAUCUAUUUUCGGGAAAGACAAAGAAGAAGAUUCCACAAUUAUGCCAUUUGCUGAAGAAUGUCAUUUUGUUAACAACCUCAAGAAAUGGAGCUUGGUUAGCAGGGAUACUUAAAACAGGAGAGCUAUUUCUUUGGAACAAGGACCAAGAUACUAUAAAGAUGGUCCCAUUAGCAGAUGAAGUGAAAAAAGUGGUCAUGGCAACACAAGAAUAUUCUAGGAGAUUCUACCUGUACGUUUCUGGUGAUGGAAAUAAGGCGCUUGUUACUACUCCAACUGUCUGUGUUUUUCUUUGGGAAAAUAUGGAAUGCCAAAGUUCACCAUCUAAAAAUCCUGUAGCGGGCCAGUGGUCACAAAUUAUUCCUGAAGCAUCCAUUUUUUUACCAUCAGUUGAAGAAAAAGAAACUGCAAUGAGUGCUGAUUUUAUAAAAACUGAGAUGCUUGGAGACAUUUGUUUGUGUUCUUUUGCAUUUUAUUCUGAUGAAAAUUUGAUGCUGAUAUUUUUGGAAAUCAGGUGGCAGGAGAAUGCUUUAACAAAUGCACGGAUACACUGGGCACAGCAACAAUGUUGCCUGACUGGUCUGGCUCCCCCAUGUGAACCAGUUAAAUCAAGAGGAGCACUGCUUACUGCCUUUUCACGUGAUGGGCUUACGCUAGCCGUAGCUGUCAAUCAAAAGGAUUUACAGACAUCCCAGAUUUUGUUUAUGAACACUACAAAUUUUGUUACAGUUACUGGUAGUCUUAAAGGUUGCGGUGCCAAGAAUCACAAAAUUUCAUCCAAAUUGGUAAGGUCUUACUGGAUUGCUGACAUGACCUGGACUACUGACAGCCUUUUUUUGGCUUGUAUGUUAAAACGUGGAUCAUUGAUCUUAAUGACAUGCUUGGGUGAAUUGUUGACUUUAGUUACUUUUGGUUGUUCUGUAGAAUUUGGACCAGCAGAAUUCAUUCCUCUACAUCCACUAAUAAUGUACAGAUCACAGAACUCUUUGUUGCAAGAUUUGAAUCACUGUCAUGAUUCAUCAGCUUCUGAGGGAGAUCUCAUGAGGCAGAGAUUCUCUAUAACGUCACAUCCGAGUUUACCCUACCUCAUUACAUCUGAUGGAUACAUAGUCACAGUUCUUAGAUUUACUGAUGGUUUCUCACCUUCAGCAUAUAUGAGGUCACUACUACUUGAUUCAGCCCAGAGGCUUGAAAAGCUCCGCCACAAUCUAAUUACAUCCAAGUCUAAGGAGAAAAGGCUGCCUCUGCAACCAUUGUCUUCCUUAAGAGCUAAUCUAUUGCAGCAGCAUCUAAAUCAAAAUUGUUCCUUAUCAACUAUUCCGAAAUUUCUUCAGGAAGAGAAGAGGGCAGCAGAAGUAAAUGGAGAAUCAACAUGUAUACAGGAUUAUAGUGAUGACUCUGACGACGACAAGAUGUUUCAAAGUCAUUCUUUCAUUUGGGGAAGCCCAAAAGCAGCUGUCUCUUCAUGUGAUGAAGGCCGUUUGGAAUUUGCAUCAAUGUUUGACACUAUUCAUGCAGUAGAUUGUCCUGGAGAAAAAGACAAUACAUCUUUGGAACUGAAUUGUAUCCAAAAAAAUCUAAUUGCAGCUUGGAGAGUGGGAAUUUCAAGUAGUAUCCAAGAAAGAGACAAGUUGCUAAGCUACACGAUACAUUGCAUUACGCACUUUUUUAACAUUCUCCAGUUCACAAAGCUUAACUUCGUACAUUUAAAUAACGCUUUCGGGAAUCGUCCAUGGAUGCAGUGUGUCUUAAAAUGUUUCCAACAAUUUUUGACUGUACUGAGUUGGGAGAGUAAGCACAGACACACUCUGGGGCAUUUGAUGAAGCUCACGUUACAGACCCUGAAAUUGAUGCUUGCUGAACAACAGGAUGGCAUGUUCUCCAGUAGUCUUUUGGGAGGCUUCUCGUUGCUGAAGAUAGUGAGUCAUUAUUUAAAUGGCAAAAACAUACCACAGUAUGCAACAUUUUCAACACUUUUGAAUAUUAAUAACGUGGAGCUAGAUUCCAUAACUACACCUUUGUUUCGUUCUGUGGACUGCAACAGCCAUCAAAGUUUCUGCGCAUUGGAUUCCAUACAAAAGGCUUCUGCAACUGUGAACUUGACAAAGAAUUCAGAAAAUAGGUUGAUUGUCAUGUGGCGGCUAUUAUAUAAGCAUGUUCUUUGGUAUUGGGCAGAGCUCAACAAAAAAGCACAAAACUCAAGUAAGGCAAUAAAAGAAAAACUACUGGCUAAUGAAGGACCACUCACUGGAGCUCUUGCAACUCAUAUACAGGCAGUCUUACAAUCUUCAGGAGAGAAGCUGGAACAGACAUUCCGUCUCAACUCUGUGUCUGGUGAGGAACGGUUUCUAGUAGGAUCUUAUCAAGAGUCAGUGGAUGCAUGGGAGAGAGCUCUUCAAGAAGCAAAAGCGAAAGGAGGAAAAAGAAUGCCUUUUCUUCAAACUCGAUACUAUCUUGCUAUGUUGUAUUGCCACCUGUAUCACUAUGGCCUAACUGAGGCCCAGGGUCUAUGCGAUCGUCUAGUGAGUGAGCUUCUCAGACGAACUCAAAUUUCUGUAAGAGACAGAGAUGAUGAAUCAGAGGCUGGAUGGAUAACAAACAAUGUUUCGACAGAGGCUGCCCUGGCAGUGGUUCAGUGUCUGGCCCGAUUCAUGGCAGCCUAUUUCACCAAUGAGCCACUGUAUGUGCUCCCACCACACAGGGUUGAUAUUUUACCCCCACUACACAUCAGGCCAGACAGAUGUUCUCGUGUUAUUCCACUGGAGCACUCCGUAGUCACUGAUGCAGUUAGAAACCAAGGCCUCUCUGGUGUUUGGACAGUUGAAUAUGCUCUUGAUCUGUUGCUUGUUGGUGGGCUGAUUCCAGAAGCUGUGUGGUUAACACAUAAACUUGGAGACUGGAAAAUGGCAGUUUCUGUUGGGGUGGCGUUUAAUCUAUAUUGUCAAAGUAACAAUAGGUUCUCAAGGUCAAAGACAGUAGAGCUCUGCUUGCCACCACACUUAACACCAACUCACAUUUUCCAAGAAAAGUUGCAGUCGUUUUUGGGCCAGGCUGUCAACAACGGAACAUCAAAUCAAGGAGACAAAUCAAGAUACAAACAGCUUACAGAUCCCGUUGAAGAGGAGAGUGCCUGUGUGCUUUUUAAUUCAGUAGAAGAAAUACUAAAAGCAGCUGUUAUGGCAGAAGCAGACAUUGUUUCAGAAACCUUUCUACUUUUGGUGAACUUUGCCAAGGAACUUAGCAGAAAGUUAAAUGGUUUGGUACCUGACACCUUAUAUCUCCCAGCACCACCAUUAUAUUGUCCUCAGCCAGCACUUGCUAAUGAAGAAGAACACACUGAUUUAUCAUUAACAAUGGAGAGAAACAGCCGACAAAAGGUGUCCAGAGUUAUUCAGCGAAUUCUUCUGCUCUUCCGGGCUGCUCAUUGUUCCUUGCCAGCUGCUCAGUGGUAUAUUAUACAGCUAAAACGGGCACGAAAAAUUAUGCAAAAGAUUCGUAAGAAAGUUGCUCUUCCUCCAUUAAGCAGUCUUCCAGAAAAUUUGCUUAAUUACUCUAAAGAUGGCAGUAUGUUCUCAAAGCCUACGUCUUCUGGAGAUCACAAGCUUGAUUAUGUUUCGUGUAAAACUAUAGCAUCUUUUAGAGAUUUGUGUGCAUUAUGUUGGAUGCUUCAUGUUCGUGAUAUGUUAUCCGAUAGUUGUAGGCGGUACCAAACUGCAAGAGAGAAAAUGGAACAUCAGAAAGAAUGCAAGAGAACUGAAUUUGAUGCCUGCAUAGUGGAGUGCUCUCUCACUGCAUUGGAAUGGGCCUGUCGAAUGCUCCCUUUUGCUCAUUUCAUGAAUAUUGAAGAAUUGGUCCAGGAUAUUAUUCUGAGCCUUAUUGGAGAAUUGCCACCCAUCAGAAAGGUGGCAGAAAUUUUGGUGAAAGCAUUUCCUAACCCGGAAGAUGUAAGAGUUCCUUUAAGAGAUAAAUACAGCGCUCUACAACGGCGCCUUCAACACUGCAUAGUCAAAGGCCCCAGCAGUGAAGAAAUGAUGGCUGUUGUUAUACAGGCUGUCCACAAAGUGAAUGUGAAAACAUUAAAGUGUGUCAUCAGGAACAUAGGGCCCUAUGAAAAAAACAUCUGGGAACCACCAGAAGAGGAGACACAGGAUCCUGGAGCUUGUUGUUAUGAUAAGCUUUCUUUGGGAACUAGUCUGAGCAGAAGCACAAUUUCAGAUUUGGGAAACUCCCAGAUUUACAGUGAUGCUGAAACAGCAGAGUCACUGUCUGAGGCUUUGCUGGUGGAAGAAACAAAAAAACACAUUCGUACUCAGAUGCAGGAAAAUAACAAGGAGAUUCAUCAUGAAGAGUUGAUUCGAUGUAACAAAACUGCUGAAAAAUUAGAAGACUUCAGUGUGAAAGAGAGAAGGAACAAAAAAGAAAACACUAAAGAUAUAACCAAUCAGCAUGUUUUGCCACUGGUGGGUGAAUGGGAGUUUGAACGCGAUGAUGAUGAGUAUAUUAAGUUUUUAGAUCUCUUUUUAACUUAUGUACUUGAAAGAGAUCUGAUUGAUCACGGACAUUCAGUGAUUCCUUUUCUGGUGAGCUUUUCACCACUCCUUAGGGAACAUGAACUCAACUCUCUUCUUUUUGAUGUUCAUACAACACUGAAGCGUCGACAGAUUAGGAAUAAAGGCCAAAAGGUGUUCAGAGCAGGUUCUUGCUAUACCACUAUUUUUGAGCCCAGUGCAUCUGAGUUGGUUCUUUUACGCGAUAAAAAGAAAAAAGAGUCGAAAGACAGAACUCCACCUGUUACCAUUCAGCAAACAAUUGAGCCUUCUAACCAUGAGUCAGUGAUGGGACUCCAUGCAAGAAGAGGAUUAUUUGGCGUAAGCCAGAAGUCAAGUUAUAGUACACAUGAUGGUUCCAGUAAGAACAUAAGUCUUACAUCAGUGUUAACUCAGCAUUCGUCAGAACAGGCUUCUUCUGUCCCCCAGAAUGUUGCAAAUCAUAUAUGUAUCUACAAAGUAAUUCAAACGAAUGAGGUUACUGAGAGAGAGGACCCAACUCCAGAAAUGAAGUUUAAAUUUAACAACGUAGCUAGUUUGCUUGAAUGGAUGAUCAGAUGGUCUGAUAAGAGACUGCUUUAUGACCCGAUCUCAAGACAGCCAUUUCAGGAGUGCCAGCCAAUAAUGCAUGUGAAAAUAUCUGCAUCUGCCAUCCUUGCAUCAUUGUGGCUUCUAGAAUAUUACAGCAACAAACCAGAAGACCAAGAUAUAUGCUUUUUGAAACUGCACGAUGGGUCUGCAAGUGUCUGUUCUUCCACUCUUGAAUCCAAAAUAGAGGAUAGCUUCAUGGAUACAAGCUGUUCUCCAUCAGCUGGGAUAUCAGUUGGUAUUCCAGAUAGCCAUGUCUCGGGCAAGCCUUCUGAAAAUGCUCCAGGAAUCUUGCAAGAAAAACAACAUGAGAAGAAAGAAAGUGAUCUUAAGGGUCACUUUGUAACACAUGACAGGAUGAUUGGAGGAACAGAUUGUGAUGUAGGUUUGAAAAAAGAAAUGGGAGAAUUCACACCAAGUAAGGUGGAAGUGACAUCUGAAAAUGAGGAUUACUGUGAAGAUCCAUUUGCUGUUUCAAGAAGUCCUACCAUUUCUGUCAGCAUUACAUCGGUACAGCAGAAAAAAGAGCAUCAAUCUCUAGCAGAUGUUCAGUGCCCACAGGAAGAUGUGUUUGUGAAGACCUUGGAGGGAAACGCUACAAAGCUGGAGAGCCCUCCAUGCAGAGUAAUUCCCAGCAAUGUUCCUUGUUCAGUUUGUCCUGAAAUGAAGACAGAAUCUACUAGCAAAGAGAUCACAGUCUCAGAUAAUCAGCCUUCAUUCACUGUUGUGUCAAGUGCUCUUUCAAGCGAUCCAUCUGGUCCAAAAAAUGAAGAGAUGGGUGCAAGGGAGCCGGCAUCACAGCCAACAGCACAGCCAUUAAACAUUUCAGAUGCAGUUAGGGAAAUGCUUCAGGAUGAAAUGUUCAAACUGGUUCAGUUGCAGCAAAUCAACUUUAUGAGCCUCAUGCAAGUAGUGGGAGCAUCCUUUGCCAACCUGCCAAAUAUCUCACAGCAGAUGCAGCAGUCACAGCCUUUCCAGUUGGAAAGAAGCCAGACUCCAAACAUUGCAGGGACUGAUGUAGCAAGGUCUCCCCCAAGACAUCCAGCAGAUGGUUUUCUGAAAGCACAGAUGGCAAGCCUUGAAAACAGUUCUCAUGUUCGUUCAAAAAACAUCAAUCCUCAGGGAAAGGAUAAUUUACUUGAUCAACAAAGCUACAAUGGAUAUGUUCUGAAUCCUCCACAGACCAAUGAUUCUUCAGGCUUGCCAGAGAACCAGUCUAAUGAAAAAAAUCAAAUUCCACCAUUUCAGAGCUUGCUUCACCAGAUUCCAGCUAGGCCGCUACCUCUGUUAUCUACCUGUCUAAAGGAUGAAAAGAAACCAAAGCUUAUCCCACUGGCAAAACCUUUAAAUACUGCAGAUGGGCUUCCUUUGCUUAAACUUAAGCCACAGUGUGAGUUCCAGCUGCUCAAUGUUUGCCCAGUAACACCUCCUAGGGCUUUCAUCGGACCACAGCCACAACGAAAAGAAUGCUGGGGGGCACAAGCUUCUUUUGUGAAAAAUCCUCAAAGUGAAACAACAGCACACCUGAAUUUGAACAAUUAUGAUCACAGAGCUAUAAAGCAAGCACAAGAGCAGGCAAGUAACCAGGUAGAAAUUCUAAGUAAGGAAACUUCCAAGCAAGAUCAUUUGGAUAGAUACAGAAAAACAGAGGACAUAUCUUUGCAUCAUUUUCAGGCACAUCUAACGGGAGAGAAAUCACUGGCUGACAAUGAAACUCUUCUGCAGAAAAUGUAUGAACAUUUUACUCCGUUUCCCCUGCUGUAUCUGAAGCCCUGGUCACAGUCCAAACGUCCUUCGGAAUUAAUAACUGUUAAAUGUCUAGGAAAAGACAAAGAUUUCAAAGAACCCUGUGGGCGGACAGCAUUACCAUUACUUUAUGCUAAUUUAUCUCCACCCAUUAAGUUCCAAACACCAAAGCUGAUCCCACUGCAAAAUCUCAUUGUGUUUGAGCAAAGCCGCCACAUUGCCCAGGCCCCACAAACGGGACAUAAAGAUCAUCCUGAACAGAUUCAGCUCUUGAAAGCUGACCUUAAAUCACUAGAAGCAAGGCAAGACAGGAAUAGUAAAAAAAGGCAGAAGAGGCGGACUGAGAGGCGGAUCAGAGAGAAGAAAGAAAGAGAGAAGACAGCUGUGACUUUUCAGCAAGAUGAUGCUGUUGAUACUGUGAAGCAAACAAAGGAUAAUGGAGUAGCGUUCAACUAUAGCUUCAGUGAUGGUGACUCCUUGCUCAACCAAGAUGCAGUUAAUGUAGCAGAACUACAUUAUUUGGCUUCUGUAAGAAAAAGAGUAGCAGAACUUCAAGAUGCUAGCACAAACACAGAGACUGUUCUUACAUCACAUCAGGAUAUACAAACUCUCUCAGAAGACAUUAUUUAUGAAACAGGCAUAAAUCAACCACUUCUCUCUGUUUCUGCCUCUGCAACAGGCUUUAAAUCACAUCAGGAUAUGCAAGGUGUAUCAGAAGAAAUAAAUUCUGAACCUAGUAAAAAUGAACCAGUCGCUUCUCCUUCUGCAUCCGAGAAAGAACCAUUGCCUUCAGGUGUUCCUCAGACAUUGCCACCAGAUCUGUACUGGAACCUCACAUUCCCCACGGAAGCUGCAGAGAAGCCUUUGCCAUCCACCUCGUCUGAUGUCGUAUCUGAUUUGAUUGGACAGAAAUAUAUCAGUGUGAUUGACAUAGAAAAUGGUGGUGAUCUGAAAAAUCUGCCAGAUGUAUCGGAGUCUCCUCCAAAAUGUAUUCCUACACAAGCUGUGAAGACUGAACUCCCAACUUCUGCAAAACAGCACCACACGACAGCAUCUGUUACUAACGUAAUUUCACCUGAAGAAUUUGAGAAACAAGGAAAUGCUUUUCAAACCGAAUCACAGCAAGUGCUACCAGAGACUGGAGAGGCAGAAAUUGCUCAUGAUCCCCUAACUCUGUGCCUCCUACGUAAAGAUUUCAGCAUUAACUCCUCCACAGAACUGUCAGCCAAAAAAAUUAGCAAAGAGCGCCUUUCUGCUAAACUCCAGGAAAUGGACAGACAACUAUUAACUCUACAGAAUGUGGCAGACAGAAUGGAGAAAGAAUUUCAUAAUACUAAAUUGCUGGUCGAAACCAUAGAAGAUAUAGGUGUAAUAGCUGAUCCAGGAAAGGAUGACAUGUUAUUCCUUGCUCCAGGCGUUAAGGUUACCAAAGAAGAACGUUACUCAAUCCAUGAGAUUAUGGAGAAUUCUGCGGAAGGCGGCAGCUUGGAAUGUGAAUCUUUUCAGGCAAUUUACAUUGACUCGCGAACACCCUCUGUUUCUCCUUCAGCAUCAGCUGCUACUCUCCGGAUCAAAAAGUCAUCUUCUGAUAUUAAUUUUAGAACAGAGGAGUUUGAUGAGAGUUUUUCAGAUCCCUUGCAGAUGACUGGAUUGAGUGGUGUUUCCGACAUCAUUACUGAUCUCAUAGCAGAGGGUGGUAUAUCGGCUUCAGAACUAGGUCUCACAGAAAACCAGGCUAAAAAAAUCUCCAGUUUCUCAGGUGAAAUGAAUAAAUAUUCGCGUAAAACAAAAAGAGAUAAAAAAGAGUUACAAGCUUGGAUGAAAAGAAAGCGAAAGGAAAGACUAGCUGAAUAUAUGCAAACACUGGCCGAACGAAGGGCAAGGGAACACAGUCCUUUCCCUUUGAGAAAGAAUAUGCAUCUUGCACUUUCAACACGGGACUUUAAAAUGCAUCAGAAAAAGAAAGAGGAGAAAGACAAGGCCUUGUUUUCUGAGCAUCAUAAUCAUAGAGUCUCUGAAGCCCUCGUCCUGAUGCACGAGCUGCUGUCUGACACAGUCCAGCUUCCUUCCAGUGACUAUAAACAGAUGCCUAAAAUAACAUCACCACAUGAUUUCAAGCGACCACAUAUAGCUUCUGCUAGAAGUUACCAUGGAAGUUGUCAAGCUACAAGGAAAAUGGUGGCUGCCAAAGCUGGUUUCAGUCAGACAAAGUCAUUUUCCAGUUUACCUUCUGAUGUAACUCAGAGAAGAGGUCAAAUAUGCCAAGCUCCAUACAGAAGGAUGGCAUCAGAAGCCAGGAGCCAGAAGCAGUGGUCAAGUAACAAACUUGACUUACAGAGUCCAGCUUCUCACCAGACAAGGAAAUCGGUGAAUCAGAGAAGUCUCCCAACUGCUGAAACAGCAACUCAGGCCAGUGAGGAGAGUGAUGAUGGUGCCAUGAGCAGCUGGAGUGUUCCUGAUGAGAUCCAGCAAAUACUGUAUGGCAGUUCUAAUUUUAAUAAGGAGACAUCUCAAGAAGAUGGUUGCUCCAUUGCCAGCCUUAAUCAUUUUGAUAGUGUGUCUGAAAGUACCAGCAGCAUCCUUAGCAAGCUUGACUGGAAUGCGGUAGAGGCCAUGGUAGCAAAUGUAGAAGAAAAGUAAUGCCAAGUGUUUAUGCCGGUCCACCCUUUUAAGUGGGAUUGCACUGAACAUGAUUUGGAAGAGUAACCAGUAGUGAAAUUGCUCAAGACACAUCAACCUAACAUCACACACGAAUCCACCUAAUUUUGCAUUUGACAGGAAAAAAACAAUGAAAUUUAAAAAAAGAAAGAAAAGAAACUUGUUCUCUUCAUUAUCUGUUCAUUGAGAUUAGUAUAUAAAAGCCAGAUAGUGGAAUUAUGCAGAAUGGUUCUAAUGCCCAAGUAUACAUAGCCUUUUUGAAACAUACAAAGGUUAAGGAAAUCUGGCAAAUCAGCCUCUUGAGACAUUACAAUUUUAUUUCUGAAAGCAAUAGUUCAGUUAAGAUAGGAUUUAAAUGCACAUUGAUUUAAGACUACAGAUUCUGCAGUCUAUAUUGAAUUAUGCUUUAUAUUUAAA